AUGUCCAGCAAGCUCUCGAACAAGAUCACGCCCGGCAUUGUCAACGUCCCAGGGCGCACGCCCGACGCGCAGACACUGACGGAGCACCUGCUCGCACAGGACAGGGAGAAGAACCACUGCUUCUUUAACGAUAGAGGGUUCCACAACCAUCUUUCCCAUCACAUCCUCGCCGCGUACGACUUGGGCGCGACCGGCAAGCUCAUGCAGGCUAUAUUCGACACGGAGCAGGAGACGCAGCGACCGAGAGAGCUUCCUGUUUCAAAAGGGAAGGAGGCUAAGGCCCCAGAGAAGAUUACCCCGCAAAAUUUUUCGCAGUUCCUUGGCAAGGAAGAGUACUACACCUCCUACCUCGACUUUUUCACCGAGCAAAUCGCAGAGCAUGGAGUUUCAGAGAGUCUCGAGACAUUCGUCUUCCAUGCCACGGUCAACGUCGAUGGGAUCGACAUGCUUUCACGUUUCUGUUCCGGCGCCUACCACAACCUCAUACAGGCAGGGUACGGCGUAGAGUUUGGGAGCAAUGCCCUGGUGGCUCAGGGUUUAGCCCAAGCCGCCGUGCAUGGAGCCAGCUUAGUCGAGCUAUUCGAUUUCGCCAGGCCAGAGGCUAGCUUCGCCAAGCUCACAGCCUCCGCUCAAGAACAACCUCACAAAGAGUCUUCAUCGCUUCUCGCCAUCCUAUCAGAGGUUUACGACUCCGAGGUUCUCCACCCUAUCAUGCCGUACGACCCAGACAUGCUCCUCUCCGCUCGCCGAAAGGCGGUCAUGCAAGGAGAGCGCCCUGAGGCAAUCCGCCGCAUCAGCUCCAAGUGGUGGAGGACGGCCUCUCCCGACAAAGAAGCCCUCACGCUCGAUACCAAACUCGAGGAGCUCUUUUGGGCCACCACGCUCCUUCUCAUUGGCUCAGGCAAGCACGGCCGCGCCCCGCGGCUUGACUUCUUCAUCAUGCACAUGCUCAACUGCACGCUCUUCCUCCCCUCGCUGCUGCGCUCAAUCCCGAGCAACGAGUCUAAGGUGAAGCUCAUGCAGGGCUUUUGCAGGACUAUGAUCAUGGACCUCCUCACGCGCGGGCGCCCGCGCAUUGACACCCGGCUCGCCAUGUCUUAUGCAUCCGACCCGCGCCCGCCCAAGGUCGCGAGGGAGAAGGAGAACGGCAAGGACGCGAACGUGAAACAGCACGGGGUCGGGGACGUGAGCGAUCAGGGGAUGUAUAACCCUUGGCACAACAUCGUCAGGAGUGUUGUGCACGCACCCGACGCGCACACUAUCAAGGCCGUGCGGGCGCUUUACUAUGCCGCGCAGCACUAUGGGCAUAAGGAGGCGGAUGAUAUUCCAGGAGCGUUCAAGGAGGGCGAAGAUGGUCAGAAGGUGGAGGUGCUGCAGGGCUUGGGCCAGGUCGACGGGACGGUGUUCGUACGCGCGGCUGGUGUAGUGAUGGACACCCUUGGAUGGGUCACGCAUGGCCAGAAGCCGGGAGAGUGGGAUUUCAGCGGGUUGGGAUGGGAAGAUGCGUGGAAGACUGCGGACAAGAAGAAGAACUAG